AUGUCGUUGGUACCGCCAGGCGGUGCUGACUCCCCAAGCCCCCGGCGCGCCGUCAGCCCCCUGUUGGAGAUGAGAAGGCCACAUUGUACUCUAGCCUGCAGUGCAGAGACGCGCAACCGUGGUACGUCACCAUUGUCAGCUUCUCCAAGACAGUCUUUAACUGGUGAACCACCUUGGACUCUACCCGAUGAUGACAGACCAGACUUCUCAGCUCUUAAAGAAAACAUACAAAGGAUUAACAAGGACUGCGAAACAUCAACUCGGCUCGAUAUGCUGCUUACUCAAGUGGAACAAUACGCUAAUAAUCUGGAAGCUCUAGUAGAAGAACGUACCUCUGAUUACCUUGAAGAGAAAAGAAAAUGCGAGGAGCUGUUAUACCAACUAUUACCCAAGUCAGUGGCUUCACAGCUGAUUAUGGGGCAGCCGGUGAUGGCAGAGACGUAUGAUCAGGUCACAAUCUACUUCAGCGACAUAAUAGGCUUUACUCAAUUAUCAGCGGAGUCUACACCACUCGAAGUAGUUGAUCUUCUCAACGAUUUGUACACCAGUUUCGAUUCUAUCAUCGAGAAUUUCGAUGUUUACAAGGUGGAAACGAUUGGUGACGCAUAUAUGGUGGUUUCUGGUCUUCCGAUGAGGAAUGGUAACCGUCAUGCAGCAGAGAUAGCACGUAUGUCAUUAGCACUUCUUGGUGCUGUGCGUGUGAAAACAGUCCCUCAUAGACCCGGAGAGAAGCUCCUGUUGAGAAUCGGAAUGCAUACAGGUCCAUGUGUAGCUGGAGUUGUCGGCUUGAAAAUGCCACGAUAUUGCCUGUUCGGUGACACAGUUAAUACUGCGUCUAGAAUGGAAUCGCAUGGGGAAGCACUAAAAAUUCAUGUCAGUCCAAAAACUAAGGAGGUUUUGGAUCUUUACGACUGUUUCGAGUUAGAAUGCAGAGGAGAGAUCACUAUGAAGGGCAAAGGUAAGAUGACUACAUAUUGGCUUAUUGGAGAAAAAGCUAACAACAACGAGACUUACCAACAGAUGAACCACUUGCAAAACAUUGUUGCAAAUCCUAGUAUCACAUUUCAAGGUCCCGAUAGCCCUGCGUCUCAUUCUCUCACACAAAAUCAAAGUCCAGAACGAUUUAAUAACACCAAAGACACAAAUCAUACUCCAUAUGAAAUACAAAGUGAAAGAGAUCGCAUCAAACAUGAAAUAGCAACUUUUGUUGCUAAGGAUCUCAUCAACAACAUUGACAAUGCCGUUAAAGAAUUCAGGAAAUCGCAAAGCGCAAAUUUCGCAUCGGGCAACACUACUAAGCCUAUGUGCAAUGGUAAGGAAAAAGGUCUUAUAACACCAACUUAUGACAAGGAAUUGGUUAUCAGCAAAGGCAAAGUACGAGAUGUGGUGAACAGAUUCAACAAUUGUGUUGUCAAUGAAGUUGCUACUAAAAAUACAAAAGCGAAAGCGUUGAAACCCGAAGACUGA